CGGAUACGUUAAGUCAAACUUUCAACUUAAGUUUCGAAUUAAAAAUGAAGUUGUUAUACGUUAUAGCUGUUUUGUGGUUUUUGCUAGAAAGGACUGAAGCUCAAAGAGGUACUCCAAUUCAUCCUUCUGAUUUUUUGGAUUCAAUUGGCACUAUUAUUGAUGGACUUGGGGAAGAAAUCCCUCAAAUAAUACCAACUCCACAGGAGUUGUUCAAUCAGUCAUUAAAUAUAUUAGUAGGUUUACCCGAGAGGGCUAUAUUCCAGACCAUUAAUCGUUUGUGUUCUAUAUAUUUGGCAUCUGGCACUAUUAAUCCUCGUAUAACGCCCAAUAUGGAUUUAAUAACUUUACGUUUGCGCACACCCUGUAAAGAAUCGAGUUUUUCCCUAACAAACGCCGAGGAUAUUUUAGAAAGUCCUGACUUCGAUAUUAAUAAAAAAGUGGCUUUAUUUGUGCACGGUUGGUUGGGCAGUACGGAUGACGAUUAUGUUAACGAUAUGGCCAAUGCUUUUAAUUGCAGAGGAGAUUAUAAUUUUUUGGCUCUUAACACCUCACAAACCAUUAGUACCUUAUACACCUGGUCUGCUUAUAACACAGAAGAAGUUGGUCACCAAACAGCCAAAGCUUUGGCGAAACUAAUUGAUAAAGUUCCAAUAGAAAAUAUACACAUAAUUGGCCAUAGUUUAGGUGCUCAUAUUGUGGGCUAUAUUGGCCGUUAUUUCACCUAUGAGACUGGCUUAAAUUUGACACGUAUUACGGCUUUAGAUCCUGCCAAUCCCUGUUUUAAUGAAGGAGAAUCUUUGUCUGGCAUACAACGUGGUGAUGCCGAUUUUAUCGACGUUAUUCAUACAAAUCCUGGUGUAUUGGGGAAAUUAGAUCCUGUUGGUGAUGCUGAUUUCUAUGCUGGUGGUUUGGCUCCUAUCAAGCCAGGUUGCUUUGUUUUUUCUUGUUCUCAUUUUCGUGCUGUUAGAUUUUUUACUGAAUCCGUCUAUCCCGGUAAUGAGCGCAACUUUUUGGGUGUUCGUUGCACCUCGUUGUCCAAAUUGGAUGAUGGCUUUUGUCCUGGCCCCGAAUUUCCUAUGGGUUUAGUUGUUCCUCUUGGUUUAAAGGGUAAUUAUUUCUUGCCAGUUAAUGCUGAUAAACCUUAUGGUCAAAAUAAUGAUGGUCGUCCGGCAGUACCAAGUCAAUGUUUGGACUUGUGCAAAUAAGGAAAGGAAUUUUUAUUUUUUCUAUAUUAUUUUUAUUAAAUAUGCAUAUUAAAUAAAGUUUAAAAAUAUUAUACAUUGCAAAUUAAUAACUAUUGAGAGUCCUUAUAAAUUAAGGUAAAUCUAAUGGAGUUGUGAACCCGAAUUUCUCCAUCAUAUCGGGUUUUCCAGAUAUCGUGUCAUGAAAAUACGAUUUUGUUAAUAUUUGAGACGUGAUAACAGCGCGAUGACAACUCUUCUUAAUAAAAAUAUUAUUUUAACAAAAUUAGAACUUUUUAUUAAAUAUUUUUUU